AUGUCCUCUUCCUCCUAUAAACGUCGGACUCGUCUCGCCGAAGAAACCGAAGCUUCUAGAUUCGAAAUAGCGCCCUAUUUAAACUGUCGCAAGGCUAAGCGGCCGUCCCUCCGCGUCGAUGUCGAGCGUAUCGAGGAGGAGGAAAUAAAGUUGAAGAUGCGUAAGGUGCGCCUUCGGAAACAACUACGACUCGUAGAGCGUCGUACCGACGACGCCGUCGUAGAGGAGUUAGAUAAGCUAGAGGAGGCUAAGGCCGUAGAGGCUCAUUUUCUGUCUUCCGAGAUCGAGUCGGGUAUAGAAGUCUCGGAUAAUCCUUUUAUCUUCUCCGAUGUCCUUAAGUUAACUCCUAAGGAUUAG